GUUUUGUGCAUGGAGGAAGAAAAAUUUUGUCUGGCCUGGUCUGCUUUUGUUCAAGUGGAAGGCGCUAGCUGUGCUGGCAUAUGUGCAGCUGCAGUUAUUCGAUCGCCAUUUCGGAAUGUUCUCCCACGCUUACGUGAGGUAUCUUGAGGAUAAGCGAUGCGCCCUCGUCGACACCACAGACAUUCGAGACUUUGACAAAUGGGACCAUCAGGACAUUGAUGAAAAACGCAUCAAGGCGGCGACGCACUGGGUGAACUGGGUGUUCAAAGACGGCAGUUCAGACUAUUUCCCAGCCGAGAUUCUUCACUUAGGAGCAUCUGAAGCAGAAGUGCAAAAAAAGGUGAAAAAGGGAAGAUUGAAAUUUAGGCGUAUGAUGCCUGGAGAGGAACAGGAAUGGAACUGUGAUGAGGAGCCACAAGAGAAAGAACAAGAAGAGAACAAAAGGAAGGGCAAAAAACGAAAAGAGCCAAACGACAACUUGCUCAAGCUUUUGGACAGAAAAAAGCGUCAAAUGGAUGUGGCAAAAACUCGCCACAAUUGUGAUGGGAAUUGCUCGGCCGCACAGGAGCUUGAGCGUAUGAAGGAUGUGGUUGACAGAAAGGAAGAAGAAAUUAAAAAAUUAAGAAAACUCAACGAAAAGCUGCAGGAAAAAGUAAUAAUGCAAAUGGAACAGUUCAUUGAAAGUGCAAACGGCACAGUCGCCCACUCCAUGGUACAGCCUACUGUAGUGGUGCCACCAUCAACACCACCACCGGCGCAGGGACCCGAAGAGAAGAAUGGAGCGGCUGCUGCACGUGCCUUCUGUAGCCCCGCAGCUAUAACACAACAAAGCACACCUGAAUCCCGUGGUCCUGAUGACAUGGUGGAUAUAGGCCAGGGAUUAAAGAUCCCAACUGGCGCUUGGCAGCGCAUACAGCUGCAGCCGAAGGACAGUCUGUUUGUCAAAGAGCUUCUAGUGGCGAUCUGGGACCCAGCAGACUUGAAGGGUCGUUCGCUACAAGGUAGGCUACCUUAG